AUGUCCGCCUUCCUGUACACCCACCAACUCCAACAGCAACACCACCACCAUCAUCAGCACCAGCAGCAACAGCCUCACCACUCUGCGCAUGCCGGUCAAAUGCACAACAGUAACGGCAACAACAACCAUCACGGCCGGACCCGUCGAGGCCCCAAAAUGGCCCAGCAAAAUGCCCAGCGUCAAUUCCGUGGCGUCAAGAGCAUGCGGGAACUUGCGGAAGCCCCAGCGGUGACGGCCUUCCGGGCGAGAUUCGAGGCCGGUCGCUCUUUUGAUCUCGAUGACGAUAUGGAGUUCUGCCCAAAUCUUCUGACCGAUGAAGAUUUGCACUCAAUCCACUCCGCCUCGUCCGAUCGCUCGUCGUUGUCUAGCGGAUCUCCCGAUACUUCGCCUCUGCAGCAUCAGAUCCAGCCCGUGCAGCAGGUCACACCAGCCAUCUCCCUCUCCCCCGCAGCUGCCAAUUCGUUUGUCCACAGUAGCUUGGCUGCCAAUCCCAGCCAUGUUAAUUUCCACCAGCCUACUGCCAAUCGGACCCGCAAGGUUAUUCCCAUCGUCAACCCCAGCACGGGAAUGACCAUGACCAGCCCCCCCUCGUCCAUCUCCCCUGCGAUGAUGCAAAAUGCUCAACGCCGGUGGUAA